AUGAAGUCGGCAAUGUUCCGAUGGGUGGAUUUUGUUUGUGAUUUCUACCGCUACGUCAAAGACUUGAGUCUUACCUUGGGCAUUGUCGGUGUACCACAGAAUCGGCGAUUUGUUGACGCACGCGAGCUUGCGGAGGGCGAGGUGGUGACUCUCCACGACUGGAGGGAACGCGCGAUUCGGUCCGGAACUCGUGUUGGAUUGAGAAGACUCAGAGCAGCCCUUGCGGAGGCGGAGGAAGAAAAGGGGGGGAAAAAAAAAGGAAGGCAACGCAAGGGCAAAGCAGAAGGAGGUAUUUCCCAGGCGACCGCGCUACCGGAGGGAUUUCUACGAGUCGGUGCUCAACGCGAGGUGGAGCCACGUCUUGGGGGCUCCCGAGGGCGAAGAGGGGCAUGA